UCACACAGAAAAACACGGAAUUCCAACGAACUUUAAUCAGAGCGUAAAAAAGCAACAGGAAAAACGAUGUCUUGUACCGUCGCCAUUUCAAAUUCACUGGCGUUCUCGCCGGUGGCUAGGGUUCCGGUGACCAAAUCUCCCCUCUGUAAAUCAGCUUCAUUUUCUUCUUCUUCUUCUCCUAAUUCAUCUAAAACCCUAACGAAAUUCCCUUCCUUUACCUCCUCUUCUUCUUCUUCUUCUUCUCCGUCUUUACAAUUUCAAAUUCUUCGGUUUCAGAAGCCAUUACCAGUACCUGCACCGGCGCCUAUUAACCUUAUUAGAAAUUCUAAGGAAUGUUCUACUUCUGCGCCGAAUUCUACUUCUCCGACGGUUUUGAAGAGGAAGAGACCUGCUAAACUGGAUAUUCCGAUUGUUUCGACGACUUUUGGGAAUUUUCUGGCGAAUCCGGCAGCUGCGACGGCGGAUUUUGUGGAGGUUGAGGGUGAUGGGUAUUAUGUUUGUUGUAAGCGUGGAAGGAGAGGUCCGAUGGAGGAUCGUUACUCUGCACUUGUCAAUUUACAAGGAGAUUCUAAAGAGGGUAUUUUUGGUAUAUUUGAUGGACAUGGAGGAGCUAAAGCUGCAGAGUUUGCAGCAGAAAACUUGAAUAAGAACAUUAUGGACGAGCUAGUAACGAGGAAAGAUGAAGAUGUCGUGGAGGCGGUCAAAAACGGUUAUUUGAAGACAGAUUCCGAAUUUCUCAACCAAGAAUUUCGGGGUGGAUCAUGCUGUGUAACAGCAUUGAUCAGGAAUGGCGAUUUAGUGGUAUCCAAUGCUGGCGAUUGUCGUGCAGUUGUUAGUCGAGAUGGGAUUGCUGAAGCACUCACUUCGGAUCAUAAGCCUUCAAGGACGGACGAGAAGGACAGAAUUGAGACUUUGGGUGGCUAUGUAGAUUGUUGUAGUAGUGUUUGGAGAAUCCAGGGAUCUCUUGCUGUGUCAAGAGGUAUUGGAGAUCGGUAUCUUAAACAAUGGAUAACUGCAGAGCCUGAGACAAAGAUCGUCGGGCUUAAUCCUGAAUUGGAGUUCUUAGUUCUUGCAUCGGAUGGUUUAUGGGAUAAAGUCAGCAAUCAGGAAGCAGUAGAUGCUGCUAGGCCUUUGUGCACAGACAUCAGUAAGCCACAACCCUUGUCGGCCUCUAAAAGCCUCAUUGAUCUUGCUGUUUCACGAGGUUCUGUUGAUGAUAUAAGUGUGAUGAUAAUUCAACUGCAGCAAUUUUGCUGACUCUCCCAAUUUAGGUCAGACCGUCAGAGAAGAAACUGUUUACUAGUUGGCACAAAGACGGAUUAGUCGAACCGGUGGGUUUCGGUUACCAGAUGUCUGAAAAAUGUUGGUGACCUGAUGAAUUCUUUCUCAACUAACUUCCCAGAACAAUGAUGAAGAUGAUAACAAGAAAAUUUUGCUUGUAAAAAGUUGUAGGAUACCUCUGUAAAUUGGAUUAGUUUUCAGAUAUUCUUUUUCCUCCCUCCUAAUCCCCGUCUGUAAUUCUUGUAAAAUCUGUGUAUCCUCUUACAUGUAUAGCAGAUUGGUGAAAUGGUGAGCAAAACUCUUUCUUA